AUGAACAUUGUAAGAGCCGAACUUGUCUGCCAAAAGGAGUUGUUAUUGAAACACAAAUCCUGGAAGUAUUAUUUAAAUGUUUGCGGUCAGGAUUUCCCGUUGAAGACAAAUCUAGAAAUCGUGAGAAUUCUUCAAUUAUAUGGUGGUAAAAACGAUAUACAAACAUCUGCACAAGUUAAUGAAUUGAGAGCAAAAUUUGUUUAUGUGGAAGAUGACAAGUCGAUAUGGAAUACGUGGGUUUUUAAAUCUGAUCCACGCCCAACAGCUAUAAGGCGUAUUCGCAAAGGAAGUUUGUUCGUUGCUUUGACUCGUCAGUUUGUAUUCUUCCUACAGAAUUCUAAAAUAUCCAAAGAUUGGUUUAACUGGUUGAACGAUACCUACGUCCCAGACGAAAGCUUCACUCAGACAUUAGCCAGACUUCCAAAUGCUCCCGGGGGACCAAACAACCAAGAAAGCCCCGAGAUGCUUACUCGAUAUGUCGUAUGGAACUAUGGUGCUAGGCCAAGGCCCAAGUGUGAUGGUGCUGCUCCAUCAAGAACUAUCACUUUUGGUUCUGGAGGAUCACAGCUAGAAAUCGAGUAA